UGUCACGCAAAGUAGUUAGAACAACUUUCUUGGAGUCAUAGUCCAAUCUGUUUUGCAACAGCUUUCUAUAAGUCAGAAAGCAUCAUCUAGAUUCAAGGCGCAAUCAAACUGUUUUCAGUAGCCUGUUUUUUACCGUAAAAAUGUCCACACCUUUUCUUUAUAAGAAUACACUCUUUUUUAUAAGAACCAGUAAGUUUAAGUUCAGGCUGACUGUUCUUAAUUUUUUCGAAAAUCUGAGGCUGGAUUGUGCUUGAUUUUUUCUUAAAUUAAGAGGGUGUAAGCAGUGCGAUUGCUACCUUUUCGUUCUGGGGAGGUGUUCAGGCCUCAUUUGCCAACAAAGUGAGUGAGACAGCAUUAAUUUGCUGAAAAAUUUGAAUAUUCACCGAAAAAGCACCCACACAUCGCUAAAAAUCCUCGAUUUUGAGAAAAAACGUUGUUCAAAGUUGCAUUUUGCAGAAGCUCAGCCUCAGCUUGUUCUUAAUUUGUUCUUAAAUUUUGACCAGUUUUGAGGCUCGUGUUCUUAUAAAAUUGUUCUUAUAAAAAAAGAGUGUAUUGUUUGUAAGAAAAUUCAGGCUCAGAAUCAUCCAAGUUUUUAAAAUAUUUUAAGAAUACUGCUCAGCCUCUGCCCGCUCGCAUUUUUGUGUCUAAUUUGUCAGCAGCUGCCUGUUUAGUGAUAUUCACAACCGGGAAUCGUAAAACUGACAUAUAUGGCUUUUCAAAAAGCGUGUUUUUUCAAGAGCGGGCAAUGCUCCCCUAAGACCAUAUCAGAUGAAAAAAAUAAGAAUACUUUAAGAAUGUAUUCAGGCUCAAAACGAAAUUUCUUAAGAAUAUCGAGGUUGAAAAAUUUUAUAGUAUUCUUAAAAAAAAGGAGGGUAAAUGCCGUCGAUCUAAUGAAGUUAACAUUUGCACACAUACAUCCAAUAAUGGAACUUAUUUUUUAUAAGUUCUACUAUUUUAUCUUGCACACAUCUACUGCCAAUAUUAAUAAUAGGAAGGAACAAAACAUUGACCAGACACAUAUUUAGACGUCUUUCGGUUUAAGGACUGUUUAAUUUCGUCAUUGCGAUGCCUUGACAUUUCAUGGUCCGAGUUUGCCGAUCUUUUUUUUCAGUUGACUUUAGUGGACCGGACUUGGCUAAGUUGACGACCAGAUGCGGCUGCAGUUGUUGCCUUGAGCAUGAGCCCACUCCCUGGAAGAUAUUAGAUUUGAUAUUAGUCUUAGGCCAUGCCAAUACAAUUCGAACGAUGUCUUCCCAUAGCUAACGUUCGAAGCUUAAAGUCUAGAAUCCUAAGUAAUAUGAGUGAUUUGCUGUUUAGGUUAAGGCAAAUUUCAACAAUAAUUAGAGAUUAAUGAGUAAGCAAUCAGAUGAAUGUAAUUGAAUAUGACAAAAGCAUCAAAUUAAUAAUCAACCAAUCAUAAGCAGUUAUGUACAAUAAAUCUCAGAAAAAAAUUGGAUUCUGAAAAUAAAACCUAUCACAAAAUGAUCACCUGACCACGACAGUUUUCAAGAGUUAAACGCCUAUUUGGCUUUACAAUCUCGUGUAAUCCGAGCAUGUUUUUAUUCUGCGAAUUUCAUUGCAAAAAUGCGUCCCUGUAAUAUGACAGUCUGAAAUCUGUUCAAGCAAUACAAACAUCACUCAAUUUUAAUGCGAAAUAUUUAAAAACAAUAGAUUUUGGAGCAAUGGGGGACACCUGGGGUGAGGGGGACGGUUGCUCUUCAAUGCUUUGGAGGACAAUGCUCUUUUGUUCUAGAACAAUGUGGAAAUGUGUCAACAUCUUAUUAAAACAAUAGGCUUGCCCCCCUAAUAUUUGACCAAGUGUCAGCCCCUAUUUCGGAGCUGCUACUUUUAUGGCGAGUUGGAAUUUCUUAUUGAAUUUUGAAGUUUAAGAUUUCGCGUUGAAACUAAACCUGCAGUUGCAGUAUUGUUCAAUUUUUUCACAUAAAAACCUCGACAAUGAGAUGAAAUGUUUUUUGAAAAGAUUUUUUGGAAUAUGUUUAUGAGACAGGCAGUAAGAGUGUCAAAUCAGCUGUCGGAUAAGAAUUGGGAGUCAACUACUGAUCUCCGACCCACCAUUUUUCUUUCUUCGGCCUAAGUAAAUAAAGUAUGACCGAUCCAUGCUGAUCCAAAUGCUAAGGCUGUAAGUCAUGGAUUUCAAUGUAUGCAGACACGAUUAGUGUCGACAUCGUUUUAAUUUUAAUGUUCGUUACUUUUUGUUCGAAUUCGCGCCCUGUUGUUUGGCACAUUAAAACCAAGGCCGUCAUCGGUGGCAGUUGCACGCAGCUGUGCUGCUUGGGUUGUUUUGUGACACUUUGCAUCAGAUUGUGCCACGAUAGAAAAGACGAAUGGAAGAUCAAGUUGACAAAUGGCCAAAAAUCAAGGCCUAGCCACUGGCUCCAGCGUCUCAACUGAGGCCUUUCGACUUCUCCAACUGCUAUCAUCAUCGGGAUUUUCAACAAAAUGGCGCCUUUCGAACUGGAAUGGAAUGGUCACUCUUUUACUUGUGUGGGGAAAGAAAAAGAAAUCUCGCAAAAUUUCAAAUAGAGUCUGGUCAAGUCGAAAAAAAACUACACGAAAACGAAGAUCGUUGAGUAAACAGCGAUCUUGUGAAUUUAGUUUUGCAGAAAGAAACAGUGCAGGUUCCAGCUUACUCAGCAGCCCAGUUUAUAGUGAAUUUUCUAGCGACGAUCUCUACCCCAUCACUAGCAUACGGCAUGAAAGCGAAAGGAGUGUUUAUAAAGAACCUAUAUCUAGUGAUAGUGUCUUUUCUGUUGAGUCUUUAAAACGCCAGCGAGAAGGCUUCAAAUUCUACAACAGAAUGUCUAGCCAGGAUUUAUCAGCCGAGGAAGUAUUUCUUUAUGACUCACUUAAGCGCAGAAAAAGAAACCUUGUUAAUCAAGAUAGUCUAAGCUCUGCUCGUUCAAGGGAAGGUUCAUUUAAGACGAGGUCCAUGUCUGCGGAUGAGGCAUUGCUGAACGGUCCCUCUAGACGAGAACGGGCCAUGACGCAUACCGGGAUUGGAUCGAGGGAUGAAGCCAUUGCAGAGGAGGUGACCGUGCGAAGAACUGAGAAGUCGAAGACUGUCCAAGGAAAUGAUAUGCAUGACCCUGCGAGGCCAUACGUGCAAAGGCAACCAAUGGCGCGUGUUGUUGAAGAGAUUGAAAGUGAAAGGAAUGGAACAGUCCGUUAUCACGAUAGCAAGAUUGAAACUAAGGAGCAACUCAAGCAGUUUAGUGACGAGCAACUAAUGUACGAGUCACUGAGGAGGAAAAAGGAACAGAUCAGGCGCCAGUAUGACGUUGCCAAGAGGGAGGAGCAUUUAAUAGCAAGACGUGAUCUUCGCCAAGAAAAUGGCAAUUUUUACGAAGAGCGUGAGAUAAGAGAGCAUUAUCAUGCUGGAAACGUGGCAUAUACUGGCGGAAAAAUGCACAUUAAUGAAAACCACGGUUUUAGGCAAACAUUAAGUGAGAAUUCGACGGAAAAUAAAGUGCUCGUCAACAAAGAAAUAGGGUAUACCGGAGCACGUUCGCCAACGCGGCAGGACGAGUCUUGGAAGAAUGCGCCUGAGUAUUCAGACUUUGUAUCAGGUGAUCACACUGAUGCUUCAGCCUACAGUCGAGAGGGAAGCGUUCAUGAGAGCUUUACCAGAGAAAGUAGCAUUCGCGAAGGCAGUGUUCGGGGCGAAGGAAGUGCAAGAGGCGAAGGAAGUGUAAGAGGCGAAGGUAGCGUUCGUGGUGAGGGUAGCGUUACAGAGGAGGUCAUGGUCCGAUCUCUCUCCAGAGGCAGUUCUGCUCGCUCAACCGGCUCCAAGCCUCCAGCUGAUCGCCCACCAGCCUAUGGCACAAGGGCAACAUCCUCUGCGUCUAGCAACGCUGGCUAUGUCGUGGAAGAGACAGUUACAACAAAAUCGACAUCACAGGUCGAGAGUUCCGUGGGCGAGGGUGCAUUCCAAGCAGAAAGUGCGGCAGUUGCCUCUGUCGUCAACGCAAGUUAUGAUGAAGAUGAGAAAAAAGCAAGACAUGAGUACGAAAUAGACCUCUUGGAUUUGUCAAUGUUCCUGAAAACGGAAGACACCCACCUACUAGCCAAUGCAGCUGGGUACAUUCAGCAUCUGUGUUACAAAGAUGACAACAUCAAAAUCAAAAUUCGAGAACUCGAUAUAAUUCCCCUACUCGUGAAACUAUUGUCACACCCAAAUGAAGAUUGCCACAGAUGCGCGGCUGGUGCUUUGAGAAACCUGUCCUAUGGAAAAUAUCUUGACGAUAACAAGGCCGCCAUCCAAGAAUGCGGUGGUAUAUCUGCUUGCGUGAAGCUCCUCUACGCAUCAAACAGCCUCGAAGUUCAUGAAUAUGUAACAGGAAUAUUGUACAACCUCUCCUCCGCAGUGCAUUGCAGAGCGGAGCUUCUCGAGGAAUCAGUAAAAGCUGUGUCUGUCCUGCUCGUCAUUCCAUUAUCAGGCUGGGAGCGGUCGCUGUACCUGGAAGGAAAGCUUCCAACAACGGUCAUGUGGUCGACUGUUCUGCGCAACGCUGUCGGUGUUCUGCGCAACACAUCAGCAGCUGGUAUGGAAGCGAGGCAACAGUUACGUCGUCAAGAGGGCCUAGUUGAUUCAUUGAUCUGGAUGUUGCGUGCCGCACUGGCAUCAAACAACAAAAGCGAUAUUAAUAAUAAGGUUAUAGAAAACAUCAUUUGCACCCUUCGAAAUCUUUCGUAUAAAAUUGAUCAAGAAAUCGACCGCGAAGCUCAUGCUGACGCCAUCAAGGUCGAAGACAAAGUAGAUGCUCCUACUGCCGUUUCUGAUAAGUCUGACUCGCCUUCAAAAGGAGGCGAGGGGCGCAUCCCUGGCGAUGCUGUUGGAAGUGGCUGCUUAUUUAUGAAAAAGAAACCCACCAGGUUGAGCCGGAAAUACCGUAAAAAGGCACAGGAGGACCCGACCCCUGUUGCACCAGUUGAGCAGAAAAGAUACUUGCGGCCACAGAGGAGUGGUCCCCCGCUUGGUGUAGAGCUAUUGUGGGUCCCUGAGACAGUUGAUUUGUAUAUUGAGGUUUUGAAGCGGUCAACCAAUCCGAUCACACUCGAGGCUUCGGCUGGAGCAAUUCACAAUUUACUCGCCUGUUCGUGGAAUUGGGCAUCGCUGCUACGAACGCACGUGAGGAAACAGGAUGGCUUGCGCCCAGUCUUCGAACUGCUGACGGUAGAGCAGGAAUAUGUCGUAAGGGCAGUGGCCCUUGUGCUAAGAAACCUCGCCCUUGAAGAUAAGAAUAAAGAGGUUAUUGGCAAAUAUGCCAUGCAAGAACUGCUUGCUGUGCUACCAACGCCGAGUAGCCCAGAAGGAGAAGAGGAACCAUCAGAAUACACAAUAUGUGGCAUCCUUGGAACGCUUCAAGUUGUCACUCACUUAUCUUAUGACAAUUGCAAGCAACUGACUGAUCACGGUGGCAUCAAAAGGAUCGUUUCAUUGACAAGAGAGAAGGAUCCUAAACAAGAGAAGCAGUUAAGAACAUAUUCACAAAGAGUUGUUCUUGAUGCCAAUAGAGUCCUUAUGCAAGUUUGGCAUUACAAACAGUUUCAAGAAGCGAUUAAGAAAGAGUUAUGGUCACACAGUAAAGCUUCGGACGAAGAAAAAGCUUACAAAACAGCCACACUGAAGCAACCGAAGAAACCAAAGCGAGACACCUUUGCUGAAAUGGAGGAAAAACAGCAGGAUAUUCCCUUGCGGCGUGAUUCAAGGAGGUUUGUUAUGGUGGAAGAGAACGAGGCUGACAGCGAUGGUUACCAACCAGUACCGUUGUCAGGCAAGGCGGAGAGAGACGAAAAACCUCCUACGGAGGAGUAUGAAAUGAAGAGCAGGCCACCUGCGUACAGUGCUAGUGAAGACGAGCCAUUGAUGCCUGGUACAGAUCCAAAGAAAUCCAAAGCUAAGAAAGAGAAGAAACCUAAAAAGGGCAGCGCGAGCAAGGACGAUGAUGAGGAGGAUGGAAGUGUCGAAGGAGAAACCACGCCGCUUUAUUCAAACCCGGUUUACAAAAGUAGAAAAGAACGGGACGACGAUAAGAUCCAGCUUCAGGACGAAUCUAAAGCAGACUCUUGGGUCUGAAAUUUGGUGAUGUAGUUUAUUUGUAGUCUUUAAAAUGAUUCGCUUUCGUUUUCCAUCUUGAGAAAUGAUACAGCACAUCCCAUGCCACUUUGUACGUAGGUGGCUGCGCAGGAGUUUAUUUGGUUUCGUUGAAGCGUCCAUUGUUAAAACUGAUGCAAGAAGCCUUCCCAUUUAAAUAGCCAAUGCCUGGAUUUGUAAUAUGUGUUCGAAGAUGUUAAAUUUAGAUAGGCUUCAUGUGAGGUUGCGUCAAAAUGGCGGAGUUGUUGACAACUUCAUGAACAGGCUAACUUGGUCUAGGUUUAGGGACGCAACAAGAGUGGAGAAUUCGAAAUGAAAAACCAACUUUAUGGGGACAGUUGUUGUUUUGAUAUAAGUUCUAGUUGACAUACAGAGUUAUGCAGCUUUUUAUAUUUUGCUUCUUAUUUUUGCAUUAUUUGUUCAUGCAGAGGCCAAAAUAGAAGGGCGUCAUCCCAAGCCAAAAUAGGGGAAGAUUGUCGAUAUGCGGAAUUGAGAUUAAAAGUCCACGAUUUCAGAGCACAAUCCCCGGUUGUCAUUUAGACAAGCUGAUUUACCUCCAUGCCGUUCACUGCUAGUCCCAUACAAACGGCGCUGAUUAGCCGUGGAAUGUUAGUCCCAAUUUUCUAGCGAUGCUUCUCCGCUCAAAUUAGCCAAGUGCCCCCCCGUGACUGUAUUUAUGCAACGGAAAUGGUAUUAUAUAUGUUUUCUACAUGUAUAAUUUUGCAAACGUUUUUUCAGUGUCAGUCUUAUGACAUGCAUAGUAGAUAAAACUUAGACGUACAAGUGAACUUGACAUGUUUUAUUUACGAUUUUUCAUACCAUCUGUACCAAGUAAUGUUUGUUUUAAGGUUGUUUUUAAACAUCGCCUUUUGCUUAUUUUGUCAUGAUAGAUAAUUAGAAUCUUGCAUAAAGUCUUGAGAGAUUCUGUGCAUACAAAUUCCAAAAUGCACUUCAAUUCCAACCACGUCCAAUUCCCUUGUAAACUAGCAUAAAUCUUUUACUACGUCUCUUGCAGAAGGAAAUCUCGUAUUGAUGUGUAAGUUUUAUUUGCUGUAGCUUUAUGUUGAUUUUAGUGAGAUAACCCAGCCUAAUCUGGCUUACACGAACACGGAUCCGUGUCAUCGAUCGUGCAGAUAGAUGUAUUUGUAACAGUCAUAUUUAAAUUGAACUUAAUUAAAUGCAGAACAGUUAACUGUUGAUAUUUUGCAAUAGUCCAGAACGA